AUGUGGGUCCAAAGCAAGAAGACAUCUGAUUUGAGUACUACGGUCACCACCUCGGCUGGUCAAGAUGAUUUCGAAAAUCCUUCUCAUCAGGCGUUGCAACCUAGACCAAUUUUAGAUGCUUUGCUGGAUGUUUCUGAUGAUGAAAUCAUAGCAGAUGGUGAAUUAAGUUCUGCUUCAUCCACUGAUCCAUGCUCUCUGACAGACCUUGUGCCUGUUACCUCACAGUUUGUGUACAUGUUAGAGCUGUUGAACAGCAAUGCUUUUCCCAUCAUUGGCAGCAAGAUUUCUUUGUUCACUUUUCCAGAUUUUGAUACAGUUACAAAGAAAUUGCUUGAAGCCAAAUAUGUGAUUGUUGAAAGAGAACCCAGGGAUAACAUUUGGAUCUAUCAUUGCAAAUGUGUUGAAGGCACAAGGCAAACAGAUUAUUUGCAGUCACUGUCAUCAACAGUCACAGGAGAUAGUUUAACUGCAGCUAGUUCUGUUUAUGGGAAUUGCAUCCAUAUUGAAGCCACUGAAAAGUUGAUGGAAAGCUUUGACAGGGAAAACAACAUCACCCCUUCACUUGCCAGAGACACAUAUUCUCAUGAUCACACUUACCAAGAGGAACAUCAUGACUUAUUGCCUUUGAAUGGGAAUAAUUUUACCAUUUUUGUACAUGGAAAUAAACAGCAUGGAGUAGUUGGCCUCCAGGGUGCACUUAUCACUUGCUUUAUCUGUGAUCACCAGCAUCACAACUGUGAGCAUGUAACAAAAGUAGCAGAAUCUGAGGAAACAAUGGAACACAGAAUGCGGGAUUUUCUUGUCUAUUUUUUUGCUGAGAGAAAUUUUCAAGAGUCUAUUAAAUCAGAUUUUGCACCUGACAUUUUACUAUUUUCAAGCUCAUUUAAGCAAUUAAGCAAAGAGGAGGUGAUCAGUUUGUUAUUGAGAUUUACCAGCUUUGCAUUGAGAUUUGCCAACCCAGGGGAAUAUGACAUUUUCAGGUUUUCAAAAUCACCUGCUGGACUCCUAACAUGGCAGUGCACAGUAAAUGGGAUCAAAUUUGAAAAGCUUCAGAAAGGAGCAGGAAAGAAUGUUGCUAGCCUGGAGAUGUUCUUCUCUGGAUUUCCCAAGAUUAUUGGUAUGGAGAACUUCCCAGAUCUUCAAAAUUUAACUCUGAUGGGACAACAGAUUACAAUGCUGGAGAAUCUGGACUGUUUGCCAAACCUUACAGAGUUAUGUGUGUCUGAAAGCAAGAUAACU